UUGGCAGCGGACCCACAGCCCCCUGCGAGGCUCGCCGUGGCAUGGCCGCCCCCAAGAGGUUUCCGACGCUCGUUCAGCUGGAACAGCGAGAAGGGACGCUCUUCGAGGUGCUCGGUAACCUCACCAAGCGGCCCUACUGGUUUCACUCCGAGUACCUGAAGAGUCCGAGGGCAAUUCACCUGGAGGCCUGGCUGGUGGAAGCAAUCUUCGGCCUGGGCGGAGAGCACAUCCCGCAUGUCGAGUGUGUGUCGCAGACCCUGCUUCACGUUAAUCAGUGGGACCCGGACGGCGAGGCUGAGAUCUUGAUAUUUGGACGGCCUUAUUACCAGAAGGAUGUAUACACGAUGAUCAUGAACUUGGCUGACUAUCACCGCCAACUCCGGGCGCAAAGCUCUGAGAAGCCUCCUGCCCGGGAGGCGGCCACCCAGCGGUCCCCCAGUGCAGUCCGACAGGCGGCGACCCAUCUGUGCCCCGGCGAAGCCCGGGAGGGCGGGACUCAGCGGUCCCCCGGCGCGGUCCGGCAGGCGGCCACCCAGCGGUCCCCCGGCGCGGUCCGGCAGGCGGCCACCCAGCGGUCCCCCGGCGCGGCCCGGGAGGCGGCCACCCAGCGGUCCCCCGGCGCGGCCCGGGAGGCGGCCACCCAGCGGUCCCCCGGCGCGGCCCGGGAGGCGGCCACCCAGCGGUCCCCCGGCGCGGCCCGGGAGGCGGCCACCCAGCGGUCCCCCGGCGCUGCCCGGGAGGCGGCCACCCAGCGGUCCCCCGGCGCGGCCCGGGAGGCGGCCACCCAGCGGUCCCCCGGCGCUGCCCGGGAGGCGGCCACCCAGCGGUCCCCCGGCGCUGCCCGGGAGGCGGCCACCCAGCGGUCCCCCGGCGCUGCCCGGGAGGCGGCCACCCAGCGGUCCCCCGGCGCUGCCCGGGAGGCGGCCACCCAGCGGUCCCCCGGCGCUGCCCGGGAGGCGGCCACCCAGCGGUCCCCCGGCGCGGCCCGGGAGGCGGCCACCCAGCGGUCCCCCGGCGCGGCCCGGGAGGCGGCCACCCAGCGGUCCCCCGGCGCUGCCCGGGAGGCGGCCACCCAGCGGUCCCCCGGCGCAGCCCGGGAGGCGGCCACCCAGAGCUUCCCCGAAGCUAUCCAGGGUCCGGUUACCAGGUUCUGA